CAGCGGUCUUAUCACUUACGUUUUAAAGAAUUCCAAAUAAUUUUUGGGAGUGGCGGUCACAGAGUUGCCGAGUGGAUCUUUCCCCGGUUAUCGUCUGCCCCCGCACGGAAGCUCUAUAGCGCUGCCUCUCUACAGCGGCAGCGGCGGCAGCAGCAGCAGCAGCAGCAUGGAGAGCAAUGGAGAGAUCCUGAUGCUGGAAGCUCCUCCUGAAGCUUCUAGGGCCUGGUCGGGUGCUUCAAGCGCUGAGAUCAUCGACGCCUUGCCCUACAUCGACGACGACUAUGGCAAUGCCAAGGUCAAGGAAGAUGUCGACCGCCUGGUCGAAGAGGAGAUGCGUAGGAGCUCUAAGAAGCCCUCCGACUUCCUCAAAGACCUCCCUCCUCUGUCCAAGUUCAGCUUCGAGAAUCAUCCAAUGCUUGCCAGAGAGUACGAGCGUGUCAGAGCUGGGAGGCCUCCUGUGCCUCUGGAUAUGUCUCGAUACGGACUUGAACCGCCACCUAUGAAUAAGCAGAAUGAUGAAACUGCUUGGAAGCAGGCUCUUCAAAAAGCUCAACGCUUGUUACAACAUCAAGUAAUUAGGUUAGAAAAUCUGGACCUCAUGUCAAAACAUGGUACUGAUGUAUGGAAACAGCACAACCAACGAUUAGAAGCAUUUUUAUCGAGAAUGCAAGCAAUAGCCAUGGAACAAAAUGAACAGAUUGAAACAGUGAAUCGUGAGAGGAAAUAUCAUCAGCAAAAAACUGCGUAUGAGCUUAAUGCUUUAUCUGCUCAAUGGAAGGAACUGUGCCAGAAAAACAUAGAAAUCCAAGCUGCUUGUGCUAAAAUUGAAAAUCAGAUUGAAGAAUUAAGAAGAGAAUCUACACAGAAAGACUGGAACUUGGAUGCAAAUACAGAGAAUAACCAUUUAUUGCCAUCUUAACAGAUGAUUGAUACAUGUGCUUGGUGGAUGCAUGUGGGUGUUGUUCCCUCCAUCAGAUGACAUGAUUUUAUUUGUGUUAAGCAUGAUGAUUGCUGCCGUGAAUGAUCUGUUUUGACAAUGCCUUGUCUAAGCCUAGAGAAAAGGUGCAGUAUAUUUACUCUACCCCAAACAAGCUGGAAUCUAGUGGAUUUGAUGUGAAGGUCCCGGCUUCACUGAAAGAUGGGAGUAAUACAGAAAUGGAAAGGAAAAGGAGACCUCUUAUCUGGUUCGAUUUGGGAAUGAUUUCGUAGGUCAAUAUUGUGACAAAAGAUGAUCGUUGUAACUUCUUUGUGAACUCUUUAUUAGAUUUGAAUUUCUUGGUCUAGUAUUCUAAAACCAUUUUAAUGAAUGCAUGUACAAUAUUUACCUUUU